AUGAAUGCAAUAGAAUUAAGAAAUUAUAUAGAUCAAUUAUUCCUUUACUAUUAUGGCAAAAAGGGAGUCGAUAAUCAUAUCGACACGAUUCUAGGUUUUAUAGUCGAUGGCAAGAUGACUUGUGAAAGUGCUGCUCUGUACAUUGAAUCUUUAUCACAACAAUUCCCAGACUAUUAUAUACUCAAGAAUAUUUCCCCUGAACAUAUUAAACAAAAAGCUCAACAUCAACAACAACAAUCAAUUUUAACAAAUAAUAAUCAUAUUCAACCACAACCUGUACAACAACAAUUUACUCCCUCUUCUUCUUCUUCUACUCCUGCCUCUUCUUCUUCUUCUACUCCUGCCUCUACUUCAUCUUCUACUACUACUACAAUUAAAUCAUAUUAUGAUUAUGAUACAAAACAAUUUAAUAAGGAAAAGAUUAAAAAUGAAAUGAAUAUGGAAACAUCUAGAAUCUAUGUAAAUGAAUUGUAUACUGUUUAUACUGGUAGAUUGGGAGACCCUGCAUCAAGUAAUUAUUUGGUUACAUCAUUAUUGGAUGGAUCAUUGUCUAUACAACAAGCAGAACUACAUGUCAAAUUCUCAAAGGAAUCCAAAGUGUUUGCCGUACAACAACGUCAAAAGGAAGAGAAACGUAGUAAAGCACAAGAAUAUGUAUUUGAAUUGUACAAGGUAUUUUUUGGUCCAACCUAUAUACCACCGCCAGAAGAUGUAAUGAAAUAUGUCAGAGGUAUUGUCGAUCAAGCUUCACCAGACUAUCAAUCAAUCGAAGAGGAAAUCAAAGAAAAGGCAAUACUAAAUGUUAAUGUACCAAUAAAGAAACCAUGUUUCUCAGAGCUGGAGAAUGCAGUGGCCUCUUUUAGCGUUACUCAUAUCAAACACGACAAAUUGGCUGCAAUUAAAAGAUUGCAACGUUAA